CGCCAUUUUGGGAAAUGCGGGUUACAUCUCGGUCUAGGUCUUUCCAAAAUAUUUAGCCCAUGCAGUGCAGCCGACAAAUUCAUGCCAUUGUCGGCUUCAUGUAACUUUUCCAUGCAUAUUAGUCCUGCAAGUUUGAUUGUGGCAUUUGGCCCCUGGUCUUUCUUCUCGACAAUGUAAAUGCGUAAAAUGAAACCAAGAAAGUAACGCACGUGUUUAAUUAAUGGUCGGACCUCCUUCCUGAACCUCACUGCAAGCGUCCAUUAAUUGGAUUACCAUGGUGACAGCCAAUGUAGUCCGGAGUCGGGGAGCAAGGAUAACAGAAGUGCAGUUGGUCAAUGCCAAGAGCACAUAUGGAAGUAUAAUCUGUAGGUUACAGUUCGGGGAGAUAGAAAGCGAUAGGUCAACGAAGAUGCCGAUGCACAUGGGAAUUUGAUGCUUUGCGGGUAGUUGAUUUUUAUUUGGGUCUGUUUACCGGUUGGGCCGACAGGGGAGGCAGACUUCAACAUGCCCAACACUAGAGUUAUUAAACCGAAAACAACGGAUCUUAAAUCGAAAGUGGUGGUCCUAGAUGCCAAGAAAUGUCAAGAAAAUGACAAGAAAAAAACAUUGGAGAUUCCGCCCGUGAGACGCACUACAAGUAAAAAGAGAGCAUCAAGUUGCACUAGAUGUCACGCAACGGGCCAUGGCAACAGCGAUUCGAACAGAUAUCCAAAGCCAGAUGGUCGUGUUUUGAAGAGUGAAAGGAAAGAAAAUCCCUGCGUAUCAUCCUCGAAGACCCCAGGUCCCAAAAAUGCACCGACAAAUGUAAAAACUGACCAGAGAGUAAUACACGAGAUUCAAAGUCAUAGAGCCUUCACAGUAAUCGCACCAAACCCUAAGAAGAGAUCUGAAAUCCAAAAAAAGGCCGAAGAGGAGCUGACUGCUCUUGAGGAUCUACGAUUGAGUCUUGCAAUGGGCUAUAUUUCCUUGGCUCCCAGCUCUGUGGGUGGAUGUCUAACCCUGGAGGAAGUAAGGACAAAGCAACAGCAAGAACUGCAAACAAGAAGAAGGCCAAGACAGUCAUGUCCUGGUCACAUGUCCUGAAGAAGAUGAUCUGAUUUUUGUUUUGGUAAAAGCAACACUCCACUUUUAUACAGCUCUUGGAAAAUCAAUAAAUAUCUCAGUUAAAUUUCCAUAAACGGAUUGGAGUAGGCCUACUUUUCAAAAAGACAUGCAUAAGCAGGUGUUUAUAGACUAUGACACUAUGUGGCAUGUUACUUGAUAUUUUAAUAUGGAUGGCUCCUAGUAACACAAUGUAAUAUUUAUUGUGGCAAUAUGUUCAUUUAAAGCACCUUUUGUAACUCUUAUGACAUUUGCACAGCAAAUAGUGUUAAGCAAAUAAAUAUGAAGUAUUUAUAUGUAUCAGUAAUUAUUGUCCCCAUAUAUUCCCAUUGUAUUUUCCCAACAUUUGGUCCUUUUGCAGUGCAUUAUACACUUUCCUUAAACUGAAGAUGGCAACAUUUUUUUUAUUUACCCUCCAAUUUUUCAACCAAGUACAUUGUGCUUAUGAGCUGACAUGUCAAACAGUGAUAUACUGUAGUACAUAGCUGGUGUAUUGGGGAUUGACAAUGAAAAUGGUCUGUGUGUCCGCCAUGACUUUUAAUUUUGAUAUAGGGCCCAUGUAUUUAAAUGACACUUUGUGUUUUGUAUUGUUAUUCUGAUCUGUACUACUCCAAUAAAGACUAUAUGGAAAAACAAA